GCGCGUGGGGGGAUGUGACGCUUUUGGACGAGUCCAUUUUUACGGAACACGGUGGGAACAGGAAUAAAAGACUAAAUGACGGCAGCUGAAUGCUAGUAUUGGAUAUCACACAGCAAUGUACGGAUCGGGAAAUUCUCUCACAAGAUGAUAGUCAGGAUGUUGCUGAAGUGGAAGUACCGGUGGUGUUGGAACAAGGGGAGCAGCCUGGCCGUGCUGUGUUUCCUUGGGGGUCUGUGCAUGUUCUUCUGGCAUGUCUCACUAAACUCUGCUGAUGAAGGGCUUCCCAUACAUCCCUACUUUGACCAGACCUCAGAGGCGGAAGUGAUGACGCACCAGAUGACGACAGCGAAAGAAAUACCAAAAAGCACCGGCACAACUUCCGUCGUCAGGAGCGACCGCAGUCGUCUGCAGACGGAGCAAGUCAAGUACGAGGAACAUCGUCGGAGGGUGGGUCACGUCUGCCGCAACCAGACCCGCCCGCCCCACCCCACAAACCUGCUGUGGUUGGUGAAGAAACUGAACAACCCUCUCAUCUCAACCCGAACCAGAGCCUUGUUCUGUCCAGUGGGCAAGGUCGCCUCGACCUUCUUCACCAGGUUCCUGAUGAUCAUCGAACAGCCGAGCCUGGCCCACUCCCCUUACGACAUCCCCAUCGAGAAGGCCUCGAGGGAGAGCAUCCGGAGUCUAAAGUCUCUCCGCACGCUGCAAGCCAUGAGCUCCUUCAUCACCGGCUCCACCAGCAUCGUGUUCGGCAGGAACCCCUACUCGAGAAUUUUCUCAGCCUACAUCGAUAAAAUGUUAUCCCCCAACCCGUACUACUGGAAGAGUUGGGGGGAGAAGGCGCUAAAGAUGAGUUCGAUUUUAAAAGCGAACGGAACGUGCGCCUCUAACGUGACAUUCGAGCAGUUUCUCAAGGCCGUGGCCUUGGACUUGUACAAAAGAGAUUUACAUUUAAAGAUGGUGUCGGCGGAGUGCCAGAUGUGCGCCCUGAACUACAGCAUCGUGGGCAGGCUGGAGACGAUGAGAGAGGACGUGGACUACAUCGCCGCCAGACUCAACGUCUCGUCUGGCUUCCAACACGAGCCGGACUACGGCCUGGCUGCGGCCAUGGACUCGGUCAAGGACACGGUCGACAGCGCCUUCUCGUGGAGACCAGAAAUCGGAAAGUGCAUAUCCUUCGACGAAAUGGGCCGGCGUAUAUGGCGGAAGUUCCAAAUUCGUGGCGUGAUUGACAGUAACAUACACUACCCAUUCCGUCCUGACGAGCUGGCUGACAUGCGCACUGAGACGUUCAUUGCAGCCUGCAGAGCCGCCAUUUUGGCGUCUAAAGACAAAGCCCAGUUAAAGAAACAAAAAAAUCAAGCGCUGUUAGAAGCGUACUCCUCCGUCAACAUAACACUGCUUUACAAGAUUAGUCAUAUAUACAGUGAUGAUUUAACUAUGUUUGAUUAUGAAAAGUUGCCAGAUAAAUUAUUUAAAAACCGAGAUAAAAUUGAAAAAACUGGAUAUUUAGAUUGGUGGACUCCUUGGAAUUUGAGAUGAUUUUUUUUUUUAAACUCCACAUUGUGACGACAUCUAGUCAGAAAACAUGUGAUUUUUUGUUCCGCCUUUGGUACUGGUCUACAUCAUUAGAUCUAUUUUGUUCCAGUACUGGUCUACAUCAUUAGAUCUAUUUGUUCCAGUACUGGUCUACAUCAUUAGAUCUAUUUUCUUCCAAUAUCUGUCAGAGCUGUCCACGACAACUUCCCCCAAUGUUAGAACGUAGAAUAACAAAAGACAGCAACACGCGGCCAUCUUGAUGGUGUGUUGAUCACGUGAUCCUGUUUUAACCAUUCCUCAGCUUUGUUUCCCAAACGUGGAGUCAUCUCAAUCUGACGUCACGCUAUUUCGCAAUUCUUCCAUCUUCGUCCUACUACCAUCCCACUACCAUCCUAACCCCUAACAAUCACAAUACCAUCAUUAAUAUACCAUCGUAACACUGUCAUUACUUAGUACAUUAUCAGUACAUUACAAACUUCUACUAAUAUAGCUUUAAAACCACCACCAAUUAUAUCAUAUAUCACCACUACAACAAAACACCAUCAUUACUAGAUCAUUACACCAGGCCUACAAUAAUUCAUUACAUCAUCAGCCUACCAUCAUUACACCAACACCAACCUUUUACCAUCAAACACCAUCCCACAUCAAACAAACACAACAACCCCCCCCCCCC